UCGUCGAUUGGUGAUGUCGAGUGAUUGAGUUGAGUGACCGCUAAUAAUUUUAGUGUAGAAAAUUAGCGUAAUUCGUAAUAGUUCAAAGAUACACAUUAACCAUUAUAUAUAUUUCGAACUAAAGUAAUUAAUGUCAUUGUAUCUUUCAGCCUCUUCCUUACAUGUUAGAGAUUUUAAUAUUUAUUUCACAUUCACAUCUCAGAUCCGGAAACCUACUUAUUAGUGAGUUGUAAGAAUAUCAUUACUUGCUUUAUCAAUAUAAAUGUAAUUUUCCAAAUAGCCCCUUUUAAAUUAUGUCCCCUAGUCAGGCAACGACGUUGUUAUUUGAUUUUUUACAGGCUGAAGAGGCGAAGUUGCUGUGCUUUUAUUAGUCUGUCAUGUGGAUUUAGAUUAGAAGUGUUAUUCAAAAUGUUCAGAAGCAAAAUAAGAAUACACACAUGUCGAAUAAUAUUACUGACAUCUCUUGUGUGGUUGCUAGUGGAUGUUGUGUUGUUAGCAAUGUAUUCAGACUGUUUUGGUGAUGGAUGCAACAAAAAAUCUAGUGAUUAUCCUGUAAAGAUUAAAGAACAGUUAGGAGGGAAAAAAGCUGCAAUAGCAGCGGCAUUACAACACCACAUUGAUGAUGAUGAUACUAAUUUGGAGGAAAAUGAAAUUGAACCUGAUGUUGGGGAGGAUGGUCUUGUUUUAUCUGCAUACCCCAAAUCAAGGUUAAAGAGGUGGCAGAGAGUACCUGCUGUGCUACCCCAGGGAGAACUACCCGGAGAAAUGGGUAAAGCCGUCAACAUUCCAAUAGAACAAGAGAAAUUGAUGUUGGAGAAGUUCCAAGAGAACCAGUUCAACUUGUUAGCAAGUGACAUGAUAUCAUUGAACAGAUCACUCACCGAUGUAAGGUUCGAAAAAUGUAAAGACAAACCGUAUCCAGAGUUACUACCUACUACCAGUGUAGUAAUAGUAUUCCACAACGAGGCAUGGACCACCCUUAUCAGAACCAUCUGGAGCACAAUUAACCGUUCUCCAAGACCUCUACUCAAAGAGAUCAUACUCGUCGACGAUGCCAGUGAAAAAGAGCACUUGGGCAAAAAGUUGGAGGACUAUAUAAAGACUUUGCCGGUGCCCACUCGAUUGUUCCGCACUGAGAAUCGUUCAGGACUCAUUAGAGCGAGGCUGCUGGGCGCCAAACAUGUCAAGGGUGACGUCAUCACAUUCCUCGACGCUCACUGCGAAUGCACUGAGGGAUGGCUAGAGCCGCUCCUGGCGCGUAUAGUAGAAGACAGGACGACUGUCGUAUGUCCGAUUAUCGACGUCAUAUCGGACACAACGUUCGAGUACAUACAGGCAUCGGACAUGACGUGGGGUGGAUUCAACUGGAAGCUAAACUUCAGAUGGUACAGAGUACCAGAAAGAGAAAUGUCCCGACGCGGGGGCGAUCGCACGGCACCUCUCCGCACUCCAACAAUGGCGGGCGGACUGUUCGCUAUCGACCGGGAUUACUUCUACAAGAUCGGCUCAUAUGAUGAGGGCAUGGAUAUUUGGGGCGGCGAGAACUUAGAGAUGAGCUUCAGGGUAUGGCAGUGCGGUGGGCGACUGGAGAUCGUGCCAUGUUCGCACGUCGGCCACGUGUUCCGCGACAAGUCGCCGUACACUUUCCCCGGGGGCGUGCAAAAUGUCGUGCUGCAUAAUGCCGCGCGCGUCGCCGAAGUCUGGAUGGACGAGUGGGGCGAAUUCUAUUACGCCAUGAACCCAGGGGCGCUGAAUGUGCCUGUUGGUGACGUCAGCGAGAGACGAGCGUUACGUGAUAAACUCAAGUGUAAGAGCUUCAGGUGGUAUUUGGAGAACAUUUACCCAGAGAGUCAGAUGCCUUUGGACUAUUACUACUUAGGAGAGAUACGCAAUGCUGAAACAUCCAACUGUCUGGAUACACUUGGUGGUAAAGCUGGUCAGCCACUGGGGAUGGGUUACUGUCACGGGCUGGGCGGUAACCAGGUAUUCGCUUACACAAAACGGAAGCAAAUAAUGUCUGACGACAACUGCUUGGACGCGGCGCAUCCACGCGGCCCCAUCAAGCUGAUCCGUUGCCACGGGAUGCGAGGCAACCAAGAGUGGACUUAUGAUUCUAAGACACGUACGAUAAAGCACACUAACACUGGCAUGUGUUUGGACAAGCCUGAGUCGUCUGACGUGUGGAAGCCAGUGUUGCGGCCGUGCAACAGGUCGCGCGGGCAACAGUGGCUGAUGCAACUAGACUUCAAGUGGCAGGCCAGGAGACAAGCGAGAGAGCACAGCUAGUGUACACACUGCAGAAUUGACAACGACAGACCAUAACAGUCUUCCCCUCAUUUUAGAUAUCAGAUUUAUUCCUUAUUCUUGUGUAAAGUUUUAUAUCUAUUAGAUUUAAAUGUACGACACGUAUGUGGUCCUGUGAAUUGUUGACAAUACAUAAAGAAGUAUGCUGUAAUACGUUGUAUUCCCUUUAAAGGUUGCUCAAACUUAGUAUUUGCGUUUGAUAGUGUGAGUUCAAUUGCGAUUAAUUUAGACAUUUGAACGUCAAAGAGAUUAUAUUUAUAUGUAUAUUUAAGUAUUUUUCUUUGUCAUUGGAAAGUAGCAUUUUUAUUAUUGUAUGUAAUUAUAAUUGACCGUGCAUUUAUUUGCAAAAUGACAAAUGUAAUUAACUGUUCGUCUGAUAUGUUUAUUUGGAGAUGUGUGACAUUUGUUUAAAACAAAUUAAUUUUGUGUAUAUGUUUUAUUCACUUUAAGAUUAUAAUGUUGGAAAAGAUUUAUCUUAUGGAUACUCAUUUUAAUUUAGGAGAUUUGAUAAUUUAAUUUCAAUAUGUUACGAUUCAGGUCGAUUUUAAGGGCUUGUUCUGCAUUUAAUUAAUACAAAUACUGUACUACCUUCAAAUUUUUUGACUCCUACUGCAGGACGUUUUAUACUUCUCAUUUCUAAAUUAUCCGCUUAAUAUCUUAUUUUGAUUGUUAUUUUGUGAACCUGUAAUUCUACUACUAUGAUUUCCUUCAACCAGUAUAUAACAUCUAUUUGUUGUGUUGUGGAACAAGCCCUUACUCUAUAAACGAUGUGAAACAAAAUCGAUGUAUAUGUCUGUUGGUUUGUGCUCAUGGUUUUGAAUAUGCAUUAGACUUUGGUGUGGUGUUUAUUCACCAUUUAGAGAAUUUCUUAUGAUAGAUCGUAAUGGAUCUUAUUAUAUUCCAUCUGAGUGUAGCAGAGAUGGCUUGUUAGUUAUAACGAAAGCUUAAUUGAAUUUUGGAGUCAGAAUGUUGGUCGUACCCUUUAUUAGGGCUAGGGAUGUCGUUACUUUCCUUCCGUUUUAAUGCGACAUUCGCGGUGCUAAUCUUCGCCACAAGACUUGCAUAACUACAGUUACUUUAACUGUUAUAAAACAGCUUUUUUCAAUAGCUUAUCAUCGGUAAGAGAUAGGCUUGUCUCAAUUCGGUUACUAAGCAACCGAUUAUAUUUUUGAAUAAUUUGAUCUGUGGUUUGUUUAUUUAGGCACGUAAUUAUAUGCUACAAUUUUAUUUUUUUAUAAAAAUAUUCGUUUCUGUAAUACCCAUUUCACAAAUAACGCUCGGCUCAACAUUUAAGAGAAUAACCUCAAGUUUUCUAAAAUGAAUCACAUUUAAUUAAACUUCUUUGUUGAUAACAUAAACUUAUUUAAGAAAUACACUUUUUAAUAAAGGUGAUAUUUUUAUUCUUAAGUACCUAAAGGUGGACUUAAUGCGACUACUCUAGUCUCUAUCUCUUACUGUAGAUUAGUUAUUGUGAUGUCAUAAAUCAUACGGCGGAUAGUGUGGUGGCACGAUCGUGCCAUAACCAUAAGCUAACUAGACGGCCUUUGAUAUUGCCACGUUAUGUAAUUAUAAUUAAGGUGACUCUUACACGAUGCAAUCAGUUAAAUUUAAAAUGUAUGUGCAGCUAAAUUAAUAUAUUUUCAUUUAAGAUUUUUUGUUCUAAUUUUGUCGUGGUAGUUAGGUACCUAGAGAGAUUCGAUAAACAAUGUAGCGUAAGAUAUUUUCUUUAUUAUCAUACUAGUAAUAUGAUUCGCAUAGAGAUGCCAUUAGUGAGUGGAAAGGUUAAUGAAUUAUUUUUAACUAUGUAGUUGCUCUUGAGUUAUUAAAGUUUUACAUUCUAUCUUGAUUGCACAGAAUAGUUUGGAUACCGUAGUAUUACACUGGUAAUUUGAAACGUGAUUGUGAGUCAUGUAGGUAUUGUUUGUUAUUGUUGAUCUGCAAUGGCCAAUGAUAUAAUAUAUUUCGGUCGUAGAUGUGACAGUGGCCUCUACACUCGUUAAAAACUGUUGCCUUAAUUAAUUUUACGAUGUUUCAAAUUGAUCGUGUUAUAUUUGAUAAGGAUAAAGAUUAUAUUUUAGCGUAUGACUGUUCUUUAGAGGGCUCAAUGGAAUUGUCACUUGUCACUUCCUUCACAAAUAGCUUAGUUUUGUAGUAUUUUCUUCUGUUUUCAGAUUUUAAAAGUGGUUAAAUUAUAUUUCAUAUUUAAUCAGGGAGAGUAAUGUCAAAUUAGAUUUUGUAUUCUGUCACUGUAUAAUUAAGGACUUUGAUUUGUAUGUAUGGAGUUAAUUUGGACUAUGCUUCGUUAUAUAUUAUACUUCGUUUCAAUUCAACUCGUGUGUAUAAACCUAUUCAUUUUAUUAAAAACUUUAAAAAAUGUAAUAUUUUUACAAAAUACACUAACGAAGUGAAAUGGAGCGAAGUAUAAUUAUUUUCGUGUUAAACGCUCUCAAAACAACGAAAAACAUAUAAAUUCGAUAAAAUUAAAUUUUUUAUUUUUUUUAAUGCAGGUUGUAUUUUGCUUUCUCUUAAUUUUAGUAAUUUAAUUAAUUUAAUAAAUAACGGCUUUUUAAUAUGACUCAAACUGGGGAAGUAUCCUCUCGCAAUGCCGAAUUAUUUUUUCGUAAUAUAAAUUAUUAUGAUUUAUGAUUAUUAUAUAUCAAUUUAGAUUAUGUGAACAUUUUAAAAGGAUCAUAUCAAUAAACAAAUGUAUAUUAUGUAAAAUUCGUCUUAGGUCUAGAGAAUUUGUCAUGUUUAUUUGUUGUGUAUAGUUAAUACAUCACAAAAAUAGGUUAAAUUUCCCUAGAAAAUUUUCAAGGUAUUAUAAUACACAACUAUUUUUUGUAAAUUAUUAUUUUUUAUUGAAGUGUUCUAAAAGUUUACAGUAUCAGUUUUUAUGAUAAAUUUGGUAAAGACAAACAGUUUGGAAUAUCAAAAUAAUUUCUCAAGCAUUUUUGAACAAGGCCUAUAUAAGUUGUGCACAGUAGUACCACAGAAAUAAGUCACAUCGGCAUUGUAGACGCAGAUACUUAUGAAAACUAUAACAUUUGUUAAACACUAAUCAAUAAAAACCUUAUGGAGUUCCUCUUACGGUGAAACAUGCAAUGACAGAUUAACUGAAGCCAAUUUAAAAAGAAUUAAAGUGACCGGCAUAAACUUACUUAAUAAUUAUUACUUAGAAAUACUUUCAUUCCUUUUAUUCGUGAAAUCUGUUAUAUCAUCGUUACUCAUUUUUGUGAUACUACUAAACACAAAAUGUAAUUAUUGUAAAUAGUUACUAUGUGAUGAUUCGUCCAACUUUUAAACAUAGACCAUUUGUAUAUGACUAACAAUUGCAUUUACUUUUAACUGGAAUCUCAAGAGUUCGUUUCAUACUUUUAAUAGUGCCAAAUGGUUUUAUUUGAUGGCACACUUCACCAUUCCAAUUAAACUUGAAAAUUAAAUUGUUUGGACUGAAUUUUACCAGUGUGUUUUAUUUUAAUGAGUAACAAUAUUAUCGAAUAGCUGUUUUCCA